AUGUAUUCACACCAUAAUCCCCUUGUUGAUGCAUCAUGUUUGGAUUUAACAACCAUGUCCGGCGUCGGAGCUCAGUCUCCGGCUUCUUCUCCUCCGGCUGUGGCUGUUCCAUCGCCGGCUCCGAGCAAGAAGAAGACUAAGAAGAAGCUCAAUAGGAGCCGUUGCUAUAUGUUUUUCCUUCAUCAUCAAGCUCGAGACGAGGCAGCUGCCUUAAGAACGGGUUCAUGUCAUCCAUUUCUCUCUGAUAAUCUGUUGGCGGAGUUCAUCUCAACGUUAAUCUUCGUCUUCGCAAGAGAAGGCUCCGGCAUGGCCUUCAACAAGCUGACUGGCGACGGCGCCGCCACCCCCUCCGGUGUCCUCUCUGCUGCCAUCGCCCAUGUUUUUGCUCUUUUCGUCGCCGUCUCGAUCGGAGCUAACAUCUCCGGCGGCCACGUCAACCCCGCCGUCACCUUCGGCGCCUUCAUCGGCGGCCACAUCACCCUCCUACGUGGCAUCCUCUACUGGAUUGCCCAGUUGCUUGGUUCCAUCGUGGCUUGUUUAUUACUCAAGUUUUCCACCAAUGGCAUGUCAACAUCGGCAUUUUCGUUGUCCUCCGGAGUGAGCGUAUGGAACGCUUUCAUCCGAUGCGACAAGUUUGUGACUGCCGUCAUCGUCUCCACACAGGACUUCAAAGUAUACUGA